GAGUCAAGCAAAGCAGAGUAAAGCAAAGCCAGCAGCAGCAGCAGCAGCAGCAAGGAGGGAAGGAGCACCUCGGGGAGGGAUUACCAGGCAACUAUGCCCACUUUCAUGUGAUAUACGAGCCAGCAAACGUGUCCACAUCGUCUCUUCAUCUCAUCGGUUUGACAGCUACACCGAGCAGGCCCUGGGAGAGAGACAGUCUUUCAAGUUUGUGUGACGUUAGCUCCCCCUGCUAUUAGCCAAGUCCUGCCUGGUGACUUCAAACUACUUGACAAGAGCCGAUCGAUCCUGAACUGGACUGGACUGGGGACUGUUUUUUGGGGACUUUGUUUGUUUUAGCCACUCGUCGUUUUUUUCUUCUUCUUCUUCUUUUUUUUUUCUUUUUUUUUUUUGUUUUACCUUUGGGGGAGCAGGAGGCAGCAGCCGGAGCCGGACUACGGGGAGAGUGGGGUUACGAUGGCGACGUGACAGAAGAUGAGCCGCUGAGUCAGCUUCAACAGGAACCAUGGAAGGGUUUCAGCAAACUGCUCCAGAGCAGCAUGACAGGGUGAAUGGCUUCAGCGAGCCCAAGUCCCCCCAGGACGCGGCCGAUGUCAGGUGGACGCCACCGGAGGGAGAGUCUGGAGGACCAGACAGUUGUGGGGGGACGAGCGCGUCGGAGUCGACAGACUUGCAGGAGUUAAAGGCCAGGGAGAGUGACGAUGAUGAGGGCAAGGAGGAGGAGAAGGAGGUCGCGCCCGCUUCUAAAGGCCUUAAAGGGGACCAGAAGAAAAAAAAGAAAGAGGAUGAAGAUCAGGAAGAGAACAAUCACGGCAAGCAAAACAGCAGCGCAUCGUCCAGCUACACAGACCUGUCCCAUACAUCAUCGCCCUCGCUGUCAGAACAGCUGCGUCUUGGCCGAGAAGACAACACGGGGUCCGGGAUCAGCGUGGAGUGUAAGGUCUGCGGGGACAAGGCCUCUGGCUUCCACUACGGCGUACACGCUUGUGAAGGCUGUAAGGGCUUUUUCCGGCGAACUGUGAGGAUGAAACUGGAAUACGAGCGAUGUGAGCGUUCCUGCAAGAUUCAGAAGAAGAAUCGCAACAAGUGCCAAUAUUGUCGCUUCCAGAAGUGCCUCUCUUUGGGAAUGUCCCACGAUGCAAUCCGAUACGGACGUAUGCCUGAGGCAGAGAGGAAGAAGCUGGUGGCGGGCCUACUUGCAGAGGAACAGAACGUCAGCAAACCUGGCGGCUCAGACCUGAAGACCUUGGCCAAACAAGUCAACACAGCCUACCUGAAGAACCUUAGCAUGACCAAGAAAAGGGCCCGCAGCAUCUUGACUGGCAAAACCAGCAGCACUGCACCGUUUGUGAUCUACGACGUGGACACGCUCUGGAAGGCAGAAAGUGGUUUGGUAUGGAGCCAGUUGCUUCCAGGCGCACCCCUGACCAAGGAGAUCGGGGUUCAUGUGUUCUACCGCUGCCAGUGCACUACGGUGGAGACUGUACGGGAGCUCACAGAGUUUGCCAAGUGCAUUCCAGGGUUUGUGGACCUCUACCUUAAUGACCAGGUGACUUUGCUGAAGUAUGGUGUGCACGAGGCUAUUUUCGCUAUGCUGCCGUCUCUCAUGAACAAAGACGGACUUUUGGUGGCUAACGGUAAAGGAUUUGUGACGAGGGAGUUUCUGCGCAGCCUACGCAAGCCCUUCAGUGAGAUCAUGGAACCUAAGUUUGAGUUUGCAGUCAAGUUCAACGCUCUGGAGCUGGAUGACAGCGACCUGGCCCUGUUUGUUGCUGCCAUAAUUCUCUGUGGAGAUCGCCCCGGACUUAUGAACGUGAAGCAGGUGGAGCAGAGUCAAGACAACAUCCUCCAGGCCCUGGACCUCCACCUCCAAGCAAACCACUCUGACUCUGUCUACCUCUUCCCCAAGCUGCUUCAGAAGAUGGCCGACCUCCGCCAGCUGGUUACUGAGAACGCUCUGCUCGUCCAAAAGAUCAAAAAGACUGAGUCGGAGACCUCGCUCCACCCUCUACUACAGGAGAUCUACAAAGACAUGUAUUAGUGUUCUCCAGCACAGACUUGCUUUUUUUUUGCAAUACUGUUACAGACUGAAAUAACGUUUAUAAUAAAACACUGCGUUCAGUACAAGCACUGUUCCACGUAUGGGCAUGGGUUCUAACGUGCAGAUGUGGCAAACUCACCCAGGAGGGCGACAACAAUCAGCGAAAGUCUUCACAAUGUCAGCGUUGCCCUCAGCACAGUGAUGCGUGUAUGUGUGUGUGUGCAUGUGAUGAGCAUCUGGAAUCAUUUGCUGAAAUCCUAGUUUCCCACGAUGGUCACUUAACAGGAAGAAUGAUAUGUUUUCUCACCAAGGCUGCUCCUGUUUCAUCCUAAUAGCAAAGCUGACCCCAGAGCAGUGUCUAGAGGGAGCUCCUCCUGGCUCACUUCAGCUCUGUGUUUUGCUGUAAAGGGAAAGCAUUUCAGGUUCUUGCACCAAUGGCAUUGUUGAACUAGAAAGAUGACAUCUAUUUUAUACCUUGCAAGAGUGAUUGUAAUUGUUCUCAGACUUUUAGUGAAGCUGAAGGUGCACAAAUUGGGAGGUUUGUUUACAUCAUCAUUAUCAUCAUCAUCAUCAUCAUCGUAAGAACAAUGAAUGCCAUUUGGUUUAAAGAACACAAACUGGGCUGGCUCCAGCAGUGUCGAGCUAUGUGUCUGUGCAAUACCAUUAACAUUCAUCAAUAAAUGUGACAUCCAAGUAACUUAGGUUUUGUCUUAAAGCCAUUUACCCGAGUGGUAUCUAUUGGACUGUGCUGCACAGAUUUUAUUUCUGAAGCUGACACUAGAAACACACGACCCGUUGAAGUACAAGGGACAGCAUCUUUGUUCUUUUUCUUUCUUUUCUUUCAACUUGCAAAAUACCGUUAACUUUCUAUUUUAAACUUUAUUAGUUUUUUUUGUAAUUCUCUUACUAAUUAUUUGUAAUUGUUGAUCGUAUUUGUAAGGGCAAAACAUGAGUUAUGAUCAUGUUUUAUGUAUUAAGUAUAUGUGUUCUUUCGUAUUACAUACCUGCCUAUUUAGUUUUAGGUUGUACCAAUUAUAUCAUGGAACAUAUGCCAACAAUUAUUUCCUUGAUGUUGAAUUUGGGUUUUUUUUUUUUUGGAUCAGCAGGAUUUACGCUAAACCAGCAUACUGAACCAUGGUAUUGUUCCUGGGAAAUUUGAUGAUAAUUGAGAGUCAACAUCCAGCAUCUAGUAUCCUGUCAAUUUGUUUGUGUUCAUCAUAUACACGGUCUUAGAUUACUACUCUUUGUGUGUACAGACUGGUUUCGUGGGAGAGUCAUGAAAUGUAACAGCCUUACAGUACUCUAGGCAGUAUCCACAGGUUUCCGAUGUUUCCUUUCCCAUACUCUGUAUCUUGUUUUCACUGUGCAUACUCUGAACAGACUUCACUAUGUCAGCGCUGGUGUACACAGUUCACCUUCAGAAUCCUCCUCUUAUGCUCUUAUUCUGUCUCGAUCCCUAUCUACCUCUAAUGUACGAUCUGUGACAUUAUUCCACUGUCUAAUCGAAUCCCUGACAUUUUUUUUUUUUUUUUUUGCCUUAAUUCCUGCUUUUGGUACACGUUACAAAUUUGAAAUUAUUGGCUGAUGUGCGGUGUGCCAAGUCAGCAAAGUUGUGUGUGGAUGGAUAAAACGAGAAAAGUACACCAAAAAGUUGAUGUAAGCUACCUCUAUGCCUGUGAAAAAGUGAUGGAUUGACAUUUUUGUUGACAAAAAAAGACGUUUUAAGACUUGAAAUAAUUUUUUCCUGAUGGUCACAUGUAACCUAUCUGCAGAUUUAGUUUAACGAUAUCUCACUUAUAAACUUGAUUAGAAAUAUUAA